AGCCGAGCUUUGGAAAUGACUACGGCGACAAUGGAAAUGUUAACUACAGCAACAACAACCACGCCUGCGACGGGCAAUUCCUCCUCGAUUGCCAGUACGACCGUAGCCAGCGGAGGUAGUGGAAGUGGUGUUGCAUUCAGUUCAGGAGUCCAGUCUAGUCUGGAGGAGAUGAUGCGAGGCACGAUGUCCGUAGAUUACAGUAAUCUAUCCGGAGUUAUACCGUUGCUGGAGGAAGUCGACGGCAACGUGACCACCGUAUCGCAGCACAGUAAUGAUUCCGUCGAGCGUACAUUGCUGCCGGGAUCGUCUAGUCAGCCCCAACAUGGCCCCGGUCAUCAGAAGGGACAUUCGCGGGGGAGUAGUGCACCGCAGGCGUACGAUCGCAUCACCACCAAGAUUGCCUGCACAAGGGAACUGAUCCGGAAGGAGCAGGAAGCGCGUGAUUCUAACGUAAACGAGUAUCUGAAGCUUGCCGCAAAUGCGGACAAACAGCAGCUUCAACGCAUUAAGGCCGUGUUCGAGAAGAAGAACCAGAAGAGCGCAAACAACAUUUCGCAGCUGCAAAAGAAGUUGGAAUCCUACAACAAACGCUAUAAGGACAUGCAGCAAACGCAACAAAAGCAGGCACAACAACAACAAUCCCAGCAACAGCAGCAGCAUGCAGCAGCCACGGCCAGCUUGUUGCUGCAGCAGCAACAGCAGCAGCAGGCGGUGCUGCUCACGGGGGGCAGUCAAACGCUACCACCAAAUUUGCAGCAGCUGGCGGUUACGACGAAUCAACAGCAGCAGCAAAGCUUUCUACAACCGCGCGAGAUGCUGCGCGACGUCGGGCAGGGUUUGAGAAACGUCGGGGGAAACAUUCGGCACGGCGUGACCGGGCUGUCGGCAACUGUGAUAUCGAAACCACGCAAAUUUGCUCAUCUAAUACGGAACAAGUUUGGCAGUGCGGACAACAUUAACCAGCUUACAUCCACCUGGUACACCGGAUGUGCGGCCGAUAGCGAACUUUCCGGCAUAGACGUGGCGAGCGGUGCUGAGGGACAGCAAACCACGCCGAAUGCGAGUGGCCCUAACGGUGGUGGUGGGCCAAGCAAUCAACACAACACCAGCAUUAGUGAUAGCGAGGGUCGACGAACACAAGGGCAGGGUGGACAACAACACCACCAUCACCAUCAGCAAUUGCAUGGAGUGUCUUCGGGUCACCGCCAUCACGGUCCUGUCCCCGGUGGAAAGUACAGUGAGCAUGACAGUGAAUGUAGCAGCGUUACUAGUGAUAGCAUACCGCUAGGAUCGGACAAGCAUCGGUUAAGUUGCAGUCAGCGGUGCGUCAAUUAUAAAGCCCUCAAUGAACUGCGCGAAGAGUACCAAAAGUUAAAAGAACGACUGGAUCGGGUUGAGCUGGUGCAGAAGGAAGUGACGGAGCUUUCGAUGGCACUCGAGAACGAACGGUAUCGAGCCGAUCGGCUCGAGGAGCAGAUAAACGAUCUGUCGGAGUUGCAUCAGAACGAGCGCGAAAACCUGAAGCAAGCGAUCGCCGACCUGGAGGAAAAGGUGCAAUACCAAAGCGACGAACGGUUGCGGGAUGUCAACGAGAUCCUCGAAAACUGUCAGACGCGCAUUUCGAAGAUGGAGCAACUUUCGCAGCAACAGUACGUAACGGUGGAAGGCAUCUAUAACUCGAAUGCACGCGCCGUAGUAGUGAAGCUGAUCAACGUCGUGCUGACCGUGCUGCAGGUAAUCUUACUGCUGGUCGCAACGGUUGCCGGCAUUAUAGUGCCAUUUCUCAAAACGCGACUACGUGUGCUGACGACGCUGUUUUGCACGUUGGUGCUUAUAGCCAUCGUGCGGCAAUGGCCGGACGUACGGGACACCGGUGUACAUCUGAUCCGGAUCCUUCGCAGUCAAGUCGUUAGUGAAACGGUGACCUAG